AUGAUUUCACGGAAAUUAACAACGGAGCAGUUAAUUGCCAGAAGGCUGAAAAUUCGCUCAUGGAAUCACAAAAUUGGUGCUAAAGUCGCACCGCACUAUACUCCUUCAAUGGGUGUUCGCAAUCCGGCCUCUCCAGAAAAGCUGAGUAUGUCUUUGUUACUAUCAUCUUAUGCGCAUAUGGGUCAUUCGACGUCUUUGUGGAAUCCUUUGACUCAACCUUUUAUUUACGGAAAACGAGAUGGCAUUCAUAUUAUUUCCUUGGAUCAAACGAUGGUUUAUUUACGGAGGGCAAUUUCUGUUGUGAGAGAAGUUGCCAAGGCCAGAGGAGUGAUUGUUUUUAUAGGAACACGCAGCGGUCAAAAAGAUUCGGUGGUGAAUGCAGCAAAACGAGCUCGUGGAUUCCAUGUGUUUGAUCGCUGGCUUCCUGGUUUGGUCACGAAUGCAAGGAACGUGCAGGGAAACCUAGGUGGAAAGAUUGUCCCUGUCGAUGAUAAUGGUAGGGUCGUUCCUACCAAAGAGUCUCCAAAGUUUGUAAUCCCGGACUUGAUCGUCGUUCUUAAUCCGUUGGAGAACAGGGGAGCUUGUUUGGAAGCUCAAAAGGCUUCCAUACCUACAAUUGGAAUCAUUGACUCGGAUGCUGAUCCCAAGAUGGUUACAUAUCCCGUCCCGGCUAAUGACGAUUCGUUGCGAUGUACUGAUUUGAUAGUCGGUUUAUUGAGUAAAGCUGCUGAGCAAGAGUAUAAUCAAAAUCCUGCCUCUGUUAAUAGCACAGCAUCCUAUCUUCCCCGUGCUUAA